UAAAAGACAUCAUCAUCAUCAUCAUCAUCAUUUUGUGUCACCAUGAAAAAAACUUUCUACUACAAUUUCUUACCCACCAAGGCAGAAGAAGAUGCAGCAGCGGCACGAAACGUACCACAUCUGGUGACUCGCACCCUAGUUGAAAUACGAGACUUGGACCAUCGAUCAAUCCCUGUAGUAGAUCCUAACAAUCCUUGGCUUCGGAUCAGAAAAACCAUUACCGGAGGUGAUGUCUUCAUUGGGAAGAUCAGCUUGUCGGAACAAGAAAUGCUGGAUCUACUUAGGCCUUGUACAUUAUACAAGGCUAAUUCUAUCCUGGCUGGCGAGAGAUCGUGUGUUUUGUAUGAUAACACAGAGGCAGAAAAUAGGUAUCAUAUAUAUGUGGAGCGAGGGCCUCAGAACAGCUAUACAUUAAGAUGCCUUGAUUUAAUGCGUCACCGGAAUCUUGUUCCCGGGGAUGAAGUAGGGAUGUUUUGGGAUGUUAACAAAGAUGGUUUUAGAUUUAAGAUAUUAGGUCGUGCAAAUGGAGAUGGUAAUUGAUACUUUUCUAGUUAGGGUUUUAGUUUUAGUUUGAUUUUUGGUGAUGUUUCACAGCUUGUUAAUGGUUUAUAUUUCUGCAUUUUUUUAUUAAUAAUAAAAUUAUAUAUUCUCUUUAAAUGUUGAUUAAUUGUUGGUUUAUUUUUACAAUAUAUUAAAUUGUCGUUU